GUGUCACUCUCCGUGGUCUGUGGGGCCAAGAGGCAACCAGAAAAGCAAAAUAGUUUUCUCCAUUCUUAAUUCUACUGUGUGAAAGGAAGGGGGCAAUGCCUAUAAUCCAAUGGCAAGGUUCACAUUAAAACAGCCCACAGCUGCCUACCCCCAGCUCCCCACCAAGCGCUUGUAAAGGACAGCAUAUUGCUCCCAUCCUUAGCUGCUAAUCAGUAAUGUCGGCUAAUAGUAGCAGUGUGCAAGACCAUCACACAGACCACACUGCAAGCCAAAAACAUCCCAAUGUCAUUUUAAAACAGGGAUGCACAACUUUGGCCCUCCUGCUGUUGUUGGAUAACAACUCCCAUCAUCCCCAAGGAAGGUCUUGCUGAAUCAGAGCAUGUUCUAGCAAGUCUAGCACUCUGGCCCCAACACUGGCCAGCUAGAAUAUAGCCGUCCUCUCACCAUUUGUCCUCACAGCUGAUAGAGACGUACUUGCCUUACAGUGAGUUUCCUUCCUUAUCUACAGGUGAAAUAUUCACCUGUACAGGAGAAUAUUACAUGGAACCAAGAAGACAAGGAUUGUAGAACAGAACAAUAUCGGACCUCUGAAAAGUAUAAGCAUGCAUAUGUAUUCAGUACUUGGUUUGGGCCACUUUUGCAGCAAUUACUGCCUCAAUGCGGCGUGGCAUGGAUGCUAUCAGCCUGUGGCACUGAUGAAGUAUUAUGGAAGACCAGGAUGCUUCAUUAGCGGCCUUCAGCUCUUCUGCAUUGUUUGGUCUCAUGUCUCUCAUCCUGGCAAGUCAGGCGAGUUUGCUGGCCAAUCAAGCACAGUACACUGUAUACUUUUCAGAGGUCCGAUAUUGUUCUAUUCUACAAUCCUUGUCUUCUUGGUUCCAUGUAAUAUUCUAAUUUUCUGGGAUUGUGAAUUUGGGGUUUUCAUGAGCUGUACGCCAUGAUCAUCACAAUUAUAACAAAUUAAGGCUUGACUUAUCUCGCUUUGCAUGUAAUGCGUCUGUCUCAUAUAUCAGUUUCACCUUUUAAUUUGCAUUACUGAAAUUAAUGGACUUUUGCACGAUAUUCUAAUUUUCUGAGUUUCACCUGUAUUCAUGACCAGUAGCAAUUGAGAAAUUGGCCACAGAGCAUGGUCUGGGGGCACAUGAUAUAAUACCUUGCUGAAGCUAAGGCUAGCUAGAACCUGGAUGGGAGGUCCUUUUAUUUUUAUUUAUUGUUAAAUUAUACCACCUUUCAUUAAAAUAAUCUCAAGGAGGUCUACAAAACAUUUAACACAAUAUAAAACCAUAAAAGCUACACAAUAAGAAUUAAAAUGGAAAAUAAAAAUCUAAUUAAAAGUUUAAAAAAUAUGUAGAAUAUAACCAUAAGAUACAAAGCAGCAGGAAACAAAACAGUCAUUUAAAAGCCUGGGUAAAAAGCCAAGAUUUUACUUGCUUUCUAAAAACUGUGAUGGAGACUGGGGAGCACAUGCCUACCGGGAGAACAUUCCAAAGCCUGGGGGCAAUGACUGAGAAGGCCCUGCCCCAUGCACGACAGGCAAGCCUCCCUUAUUGUUGGCACACAGAGCAGGGUCUCCCCUGAUGACCUUGUUGAGUGGGCAGAAACCCUUGGGAGCAGGUGGUCCCUCAGGAAUCCAGGACCCAAACUGUUUAGGGUCAUCUAGUUCCAUCCCCCCACCCUAACAGUUUGAGGUAUAAAUGUAAUAAGCACAUAUUCAUGAAUUCAUUCUAUCUCUUUGAAAAGCCAUCCAAGACUGUGACCAUCAUCACACCUUGUGGUAAUGGAUGUCUUAACUUAAUUAUCAUUCUGAGAUGAAAUACUUCCCUUUGUCUCUCUUGAAGCUAGUGCCAUUCAAAACCAUUGGAUGUCAAUGAUAGUCUGUCCAUGCUAUUCAUAAUUAUAUACAUCUCUGUCAGGCCACCCUCUUAAUCAUCUUUCUUCCCCUGGCCUGUCAAUAUUUCAGUCCCACAUAACUACAGAUUCAGGAGAUCUCAGACAUCCUCAGAAUAUCUGUGUUUUGCCUGUCCGUAAGGGCAAAACUACAAGUCCACCAACUGAUCCUCUCCUAGAAUACAAGUUGCCACCAAACCUAUAAAAUAGCAAAGUGGGGGAGAUUUCAAGCAGAGUAGAGGUGGGGAGGAGGAGAGUGCUGAACCCAUUUUCUGCUCACCACUCCCCUUCCCACAAUUUCUCCCCACAAUUGCUAAUUUCACAGCAUGUGAAGUAGAUCUUACAUGUGCAUUAACUAUCCACAGCUUUGCUGCCUAAAUUAUAGGGAUGUGUACAAAUCAAUUUUUUUAAAUUUGAUUUGUGCCCCAAACAAAUCACCCCUGAUUUGUUUUGUAUCCAAAUCUACCCCGCACUGGGUAGGCUUGUUUUAAAAGGGGUUUUCUUUAAACAGAGGUUUUUUAAAAAGGUUUUCCCCCCAAUAGGUUUUUUUAAAGGUCCCCCAAUAGGCUUUAAAAAAAAAGGUUUCCCCCUCAAAUAGGUUUUUUAAAAAUCCCCCCUCCUUUUAAAAUAUUUUUUAAAUUUUUAAAUAUUUAAAGGUUUUUCGGGAAUGUCAGAAUGCCAUGUUGCGGGCAAAGCUCACAGCAGGGUGCCAGGCAGAGGUGGUAGGAGUCCCCAAGCUGGUGCAGGGGUCCUACAGGUCCCCAUUGGUGAAUUCUUUGGCCCAGGUGAGGUGGUGGCAUGAAGGCUCUCCUAUCCGGAGGAGCCAGCUGUUGCUGAACCAGUUCCUGGACUAGUGGCGGGUCCAUCGGGUGGUGGUGCACUGCCAGGGCUGGUGCCUAAUGCAGAGCCUGGUGGUGCCGGGGGCUCUCCUGCCAGGGAAGCUCCUUCCAUGGUUGGGGCAGAGGGCAGGGAGUUGACAGCUGGCAGUGCGGCCAGAUUUUCCCUCCCUCUUGCGGCCCUUCCAACGCUCCUCUCACCACUCAGUGGGGCCCCCUCUAAUGAUGCCCAGAUUGUGGCGGAGUCUGGUGCUGGGUCCUCCCAGCCUGGCUCCGAGGAGGUUGAGUCUGCUGCUGAGGUGGAGGGGGCAGCCCCUCUGCCAGUGAAGCCGGGCCCUUCUUCUUCCACAGAGGGUGGAAGGGGGGUGGGUGAUGGCGGUGGGUGAACACCAGCAGCCCCCCUAGGUCCACAGUCACAGUCUUGAGGCCCAAGACAACACCCAGGGCAUUUGAGGCCACCCAGAGCAGUGAUGUUUAGCAGCAUUUUGAGGUCCCUCAAGAUUCCCCAACCGCUGCUUGCUGUGUCCACUUCAGGGCACAAGUCAGUCGGGGCAAGGAUGCACAGCAUCUGGGGACAACCUCCAUGUGGUGACACAUGUGACAGCAUCACCCGGAUCUCCUUGACUCCGCUGGCAGUGUUAGUGCACCUUGUGUGCCUGCGACUAGUGCUGACACAGUCGGUGCACCAGCUUCCAUGAAGCAGGGCACGCUGCCAGUCAAGCAGUGGAUGCAGUCAUCAGGCACAAAGCAGCCUGGUCACGUGGACCCACAUCUCCUCACCCGUCUUAUAGGGGAGAUGAUGGCCACUGACAAUCAGCCUUUUCAGGUGGUUGAAAACUCUGGCUUCUGCUGAAUACUCCAGCUGCUAGCGCCCGACUACACCACCAUCCCCUCAAGAACCACAUUCAGCUGGAACGUGGUCCCCUCGCUGUACAGGUGGUGCAGGGAGCUCGUGUGAGCCAUGCUGCGUGCAGCACUGGCUGGCACCAGCGUGCAUUUCACCACUUAUCUGUGGAACAGUAUGAGUGGGAUGCAUGCUGCUUUCCUGGCCCUGACUGUCCACUGGUGGGGUCUGGAGAGAGAGGGGACCUCCGGUGCUGCCUCUGGCUCCAGUGUGUCCCACACCACAUUUUGGCACAGGUGGGCUAUCUUGCAUGUGGAGACCUUGGAUGUCAAGCACACCAAGGAGGAGGUGGCAGCCGUACUCGGCUGCCAAAUAGAGGAGUGGAUCAGCGGGUUGCCACACCUCUCGCAGGGCUUCAUUGUCACAGACAAUGGGUCCAAUGUUACUGUGACGGUAGAGUCAGUGAUGGAGUAUGUAAACAUCUGCUGCAUGGCACACAUGCUCCACCUGACUGUCAGGGAUGCCUUUGGCCUCAAGGAGGUCAAGGCAUCCAGGGAACAUGGCUGCCCCAUUGUAGGUGCUGUUGCUGCCACGGCUGCAUUUGUGGAGAAGUCCCGCAAGAUUGCAGCCCACUUCCACCAGAGUGAGAAGUCCAGGUGCCUGCUUCACGAGCGGCAGUGUGUCCACGGGCUUCCACAACAUCUCAUCCCCACGGAUGUAGAUACCUGGUGGAACUCCACCUUCCUCUUGUUCCAGUGCCUACUGGAGCAGGAGGUGGCCCUCGAUGACCUGGCAAAAAGCAUGCAUUGCACACACAAAGAGAAGAGCAGAAGACACAGGCUAAGAUCUCAGACUACAGAAAGAUGGAGAACUGGUACAAGGAGAAGUGCUUACCUGAUGGAUAAGUGAGCAGUUCACACCUGGAGAUUGCAGCGAUGCCCAAGAAGCCUGCAGAGAGAUUUUAGGGAGAUUCUCUGGGCAGGAGGAUUUCUCUUGAUCCGACUGAUUGGCAGACACAGUUGGAAGGAAAAACUCUGCUUGGACUGGUAACAGAGGAUUGGAGGCAUCUGGAGAGAAUGGGGCAGGAGGACCUGGCAGUCAGAGGAAGAAGAAAUCAACACAUCAAGAAAAAAGGUGAAGAAUCUGACUUGCAAAUAUCUGCUGCUUCCACCAAAGCGAGAAUUCUGCAGGGACUCACAGAGCAGAUUCACAUGUUACCCUCUUACUGAGGAAACAUGAGAGCCCUGGUCACACAUUAUGUCCAAUGCACAUAGAAUCUGUGUACAGUGCACACACGUGCAGAUCUGUACACAUGUACAGUCAUUCAUGCAUUAUGUUCAACACCCUUCCAAGCGCACCCCUGCUUGCUUACUCUGGGCAGGAAGAGCUAGUUUUUAUGGGCUAGCAGUGCCUUGGUACUACCAGUUGUGUUUCUUUUCUGAUGGUUAAUCUUCCCUGAGUAGCCUGGAGGAAGAGAGUCCACCUAGAGGAGAUCAACCAUCACCAGAAAAGGCACAGCUGGUAACAAGUCCUUUAUGAAUAGAUCAAUCCAUCAACACACCAGUAUGGGAGACCGUGGCAAGAGUCCAGGGUUUAUCUUCCAAGCAUGGCUUGGCUUUACUUUGAGAUCCUUCUUGCCUUAGAGGAGAGAAAGCCAAAGGCAAUUCUGUGCUGACUGCAGGAGAAGGCCCUCUCAGUGGUCGUGCCUUGGCUUUGGAACUUCCCUACUGGAAGAGACCCGCUAUGCAUCCUCAAUGUGGACCCCAGGGACAGAGCCACCAUUGAGCAAACAGGUUCAAAGAACCCAGGCCACCAAUGAAAAGGGCUGCUGGAGCCCCUGCUGCACGUGAUGUCACAUGCAAAAGGGAGGUGGCCCAGUUGCUAGAAGGCCCACCCCAGUCCUCCCACUCUCAUUUCCAGGCAGUGCUUGCUGCCUGACAGAGUUUAUUUCCUUUCCUCUCCCUCCUGUGAGGGAUGGGAAGGGAAAUAAAUGCUGUCAGGUAGCAAAUGCUGCCUGAAAUGAGAGGGGAAAAGCUCACUCGGGCUAUCCCAAGCCCAGGCCACGACCCCUUUGCAUGUGACAUCACACACAUGGGGCAUCACUGGUGGGGCACUGGGCGGGGUGGAACACAGGCCACCAUCUGGCUGGUUCUGCCACUGGUGACCCCCCCCCGCUAUUUUAGACUGCUUCACCGGGUCUUUUAUCUCAAAACUGAUUUCAUUGGAACGGACUGCCUGUGAUUCUCCUAUUUUAUAAAUGUUUUCAUUUUACUAUUUUAUUGUUUUCAUUUAUUGGAAGCUGCCUUGAGCAUUUUUUAAUGGAGAGGUGGGAUAUAGAUGUAAAUAAGUAAACAAAUAAAUAAUCCCUGCUCUAUCAUGAA